CAACGAUGUCAUUCACACUCACGUCAUAUCAUACGUUCGCAAUCGACUUGAAUUAGGCUCCGUCUUGUACCGGCACGCAUUGAUUUCGAAGCUCGCUUCCACCCACUGCAACGCCUCUCCUGCACCGGAUCGACUCCUCGACUCCUGCGGUAUCCUGCAGAUAGUAGUCGGUCACUUUGAGCCCGCCCGCCUCUGCAUAGCCACAACAACGUCAGCUCCGCCACCUUGCGGAGGUUCGCUUUCUUCAAACCAUGUCUUCCUCCACCGUCGCUCAGUUCAGUCCCUUUUCCACCAGCGUAUCUCCUUCGUUUUGGUCAACACUAGCAGCGAUCAAGAUUGACAAGCUGCAAUUGUCGGAUGAGAAUGUGCCGGUGAGAGGUCAUUAUGAGGUCGGAAAGGUCAUCUACGACAGAAAGACGGACGAGGAUGUGCCCCUGCCUGCUGCUGUGAGCUUCGACGGUCAAGGCUUGAUCGAGGGAGGAUACGCGCUCCCACCCAACACCUUCCCAGCUUGGGGAACACUCAAGAACUUCAAUACGAUCGAAGAGUUCAAAACAGCGGACAAGCAAAAAGUCUUCAAUGAUGUGGCUCAAGAAAUCUUAGACGGCAUCCUCACCGCGCAAGACCCCACGCCAUUUCUCACCCGCUUCCUCGUCUUGUCCUUUGCCGAUCUGAAAAAGUACAAAUUCGUGCACUGGUUUGGUUUUCCUGCGCUUGUGGCCAAGCCGGGCUGGGAGCUUGCUGGAGCUGAUGCUCAGCAAAGAGGAUGGAAGGCCGCAGACGGAGUUGUUGGUAGAGAUCAGAUGCCCGCCAUUGGUGCAGCACUCGCGCAGAGGAGAGCUUUGCAAGGAUCGGACUCCGCAUCAGCUGCAUUUUUCCUGGCGCGAAGAACAGCAGGCGAGGAAUGGCAACUCUCGGAUGUGACGUCGUACGAGCCGUUCUUUGCGAAUGUAUCUGAAGACGAGCGCAUAGUCGGCUUCGUAGACCCCUCGCCUCUUUCGGACUCACCAGGCUGGCCGCUCAGGAAUCUCUUGGCUCUGCUCUCGGUGCGCUAUGGUGUCAGAAAGAUUCGAGUGGUGGCGUGGAAAGACCCAUUGGGUUCGCAGAUAUCAAGCACGGCAACUUACAGGAGUAGAGUAGCUGCCUUGAUGCAACCGGAGGUAGGCAGUGAUGCCUCAAACCAAGUAGUUGCCAAAGGAAGGACUGUUUUGCUCGCUUAUGAAGCGGGGCAGCCAGCUCGACCCAACGCAGUCGGCUGGGAACGCAAUUCUCAAGGGAAACUCGCUCCCAAGAUGGCCGAUCUCAGCCCAUUGAUGGAUCCGAAGAGGCUAGCAGAUCAAGCCGUGGAUCUCAAUUUGAAAUUGAUGCGCUGGCGAAUCAUGCCCGACAUCAAUCUAGAAAAGAUUCACAAUACCAAGUGCUUGCUGCUUGGUGCCGGUACUUUGGGCUGCUACGUAGCGCGGACAUUGAUGGGUUGGGGAGUGCGGCACAUCACGCUCCUUGACUCCUCUCGCGUCUCAUUCUCCAAUCCUGUCCGACAGCCCUUGUUCGACUUCGAAGAUUGUCUUGAUGGGGGCAAACCGAAAGCAGAAUGUGCAGCAGCCAAACUCAGCAAAAUUUACCCCGGUGUCGAGGCAAAGGGGAUCCAAAUGAGCAUCCCCAUGCCUGGACAUCCUGUGCCUGCUUCUUCCCUAGAGCAGACUCGAGCAGAUGUCAGGCAUCUAGAACAGCUAAUCGAUGAGCACGACGUGGUAUACUUGCUCAUGGACUCGAGGGAGAGCAGGUGGCUGCCCACACUACUUGGAGCUGCCAAGAACAAACUCCUUUUGAACGCAGCCCUUGGCUUUGAUAGCUACCUCGUUAUGAGGCACGGCGCAUCGCCAGAUGUGCAACCAACCACUACUCCUGCACGAGGUCAGGAGAUACCUCUUACUAGGCGAAGGUUAGGCUGCUACUACUGCAACGAUAUUGUAGCACCAGCAGAUUCUUUGACGGACCGAACCCUGGAUCAAAUGUGCACGGUCACACGACCUGGCCUCGCUGCCAUUGCGGGUGCUUCUGCUGUAGAGCUCAUGGUCUCUGUCUUGCAGCACAAGGACGGCAUCUUGGCGCCUGCCUCCACUGCUGCGCGGAAAGAUGCGUCAACAAGGGAUGAAGAUUCCUCAGACCCUUCCAAAUCCGGCUCGGUGCUUGGUCUCAUCCCGCAUCAGAUUCGGGGAUUUUUAGCUCAAUUCAGCAACCUCUUGAUAGUGGGUCAGGCUUACGAGCGCUGCACCGCUUGUAGUCCAGCCAUCGUGGAAGCGUAUCGCAAGGACGGAUUUGACAUGUUACUAAAGGCAUUCAACGACGAAGUCUACCUGGAGAAAAUCACGGGCUUGGAUAAGCUCAAGGCGGAGACCGAAGCGCUCGAUGCAGAUCUAGACUGGAGCGGCAGCGAGGCAGAGGAAGGCGACGGUGAACUGCUCUGAAUCGAAGGAACGCUGGUCCUCUGCUUCCACCUUGCGCUCUCGCCUCUUGGUAGCUCCUCUCACCUGUAUUUCCGCCUCCUCACAUGACUUUGAUACCACCCAUCAAUUCGCAAUUGCGGCUUCGAGCUACGUG